AUGACAAGGAACAUGGAGAUUACCAAGCUAGCGAUGGGGGUUCUCGUCCUCUUCCUCUCCGCCAUAUCUGCGCGUUCCGAGUACUACUCCAAAACUGUCCCAAGGGUUCAGUUAAAGGAGAAGGUAACCAAUCUCCAUUUCUUCCUUUUCGACAUCCUGAGCGGGAAAAAACCCAGCGCCGUCGAAGUAGCGCAUGCAAACAUAACCAUAGGCGAGCAGUCAGCGACUCCAUUCGGCAGCGUCUACGCCGUCGACGACCCGCUCCGGGAAGGACCCGACCCGGAAUCAAAAGUAAUCGGAAACGCGCGUGGGCUGUACGUAUCGGCAAGCCAAGGCGCAGACUUGUGCUUGGCGAUGUAUAUUGAUUACGGAUUCACAACGGGGCCGUUCAACGGAAGCUCGAUCAGCGUGUUUUCGAGGAAUCCGGUGACGGAGCAGCGACGGGAGGUGGCGGUUGUGGGCGGGAGAGGGAAGUUUAAGAUGGCUAGAGGGUUUGCAAAGCUGAAGACGCAUUACUUGAAUGUCAGUAAUGGCGAUGCGAUUAUAGAGUAUAAUGUUACUGUGUUUCAUUACUAAAUUGGAGAAGAAAGGAGCAGUUGGAUUUUGAUUUGUGAUUUUGAGGAUAGUGACAUUUUUAAUAAAUUGGUUCAUCAUAUCAGCAUUAA